CUGUACCAUUAGGCUGCUUUCCAAGGCACAUAAAGAAGCCGACAGUCAAAGACACGACCAAGUCACUGAAAGAUGAUGUAGUCGACAUGCCAAGGGCGGUAUUACGAAUAUUAAAAAAUCCAGUAGUCGACUGUCUCCUCUUUGGAAGCGCCAGUGGCUUGUUCUUUGUUGGUGGUUAUUUAAGCUUUGCUCCAAAAUACAUCGCGAACCAAUUUGCUACGACAGCAGCUGAGGCGAACUUCAUACUGAGUAUUCUAGAGCUGUUGUGGGCGGUUGUGGGCACCCUUCUUGGAGGCAUAGUCACCAGCCGACUCCGGCUUACCAGCAUUGGAUGUACAAAGCUCACGACCAUAGUGGUAUCAAUUGGAACUGUCCUCUAUUCUCUAACGUUGGUCUUAGGGUGUGACAGCCAGAACAUCAAAGGGUUAGGUGACAGCGGCUACUCCAUGGUCAACAAUACGUCUUGCAACUGUGAUGCAACUGAGUUCAUGCCUCUGUGUGGAGUUGACAACGUGACGUAUAUCAAUCCCUGUAUGGCAGGAUGCCAGUCUCAAAAUGGCACAACAUACACAGGAUGCAGCGAGAUUCCUGGUAACGAGGGCACAAUGGGCAGGUGCCCGACAGAUUGUCCCUACCUGUAUCCCUACAUCACUGUUGACCUGGUGUCCGGCCUGGCGGCGACAUUUGGCUUAGUCCCUGUCAUGAUGACAAUAAUGAAAACAGUGCACCCAAGGGACAAAUCCAUGGCUGUCGCUAUGUCAUCUUUCCUGAAUAGUUUCAUCGGUUUCCUUCCAUCAUCUAUAGUGUAUGGAAAGGUCAUUGACACAACGUGCUCUCUCUGGGAAACAACGUGUGGUGAGGUCGGAGCAUGCGCACUGUAUGAUCUCCCUAGCCUACGGUAUCGUAUGAAAGGGAUGGACACGGGACUUCAGUUGCUAUCGUCAGCUGGCUUCUUUGCAGCUUUCCUUUUGCUCAAGUAUGGUGUCGUUAAGGAGUAUCCUGAUUCAGAAGUACCACCAACACAGCCUGAAGCUGCUGAAGAUAUCGAGAAACAUGAUGUUCAGUCUACACAGUUUUAA